GAACGGAGGAAGUACUUUUACUUUUUUUUAUUUAACUUUAUUAAUACCAGCGAAAUCAAUCCAAAAGGGUCGUUCUUUCGGGGACGGAAAUAGUAUUAUUAAUUGAUUUUUUUUUUUUAAAAAAAAAAAAAAAAAAAAACAAAAGCAAAAAAUGAGAUCAGUCCAGCGAUCCCCUCUCUAAGUCUUAACAUUGUUCAUUGAAGCGCACUCAACGUUCUCCAUUGAGUCGGUUCCUAUUCUCCAUUGAAGCAGGUUCUAAGCCGAGAGUUGUGAUUGGAUGACCAUCUUCAGUGGCUGUUAACAGAAAUCUAACCCCAUUUUCACCCCCAUUUUCUAAAGGAUGGCUUUGGUGGUGAUCUGUGGGCAGCCGUGUAGUGGAAAAUCAACUGCUGCAACAUGCCUAGCUGAAGCUCUUAAAAACUCAGAGUCCACACUAAAUGUCAGGAUUAUCGAUGAAACUUUCUUUCACUUAGAUCGCAACCAAGGUUACGCCAAUAUGACUGCUGAGAAGAAUAUAAGGGGGGUACUGAGGUCUGAAGUUGAUAGAUCUGUGUGUAAAGACAAUAUUAUCAUAGUAGACUCCUUGAAUAGCAUAAAAGGUUACCGAUAUGAGUUAUGGUGUUUGGCACGUGCAGCAGGAGUAAGAUAUUGUGUAUUAUACUCUGAUGUAGAAGAAACUGAUUGUCGAAAAUGGAAUGAAGAUCGCAAAGAAAAGGGUGAAGCAGCAUAUGAUGAGAAUGUCUUUGAAGAUCUAGUGAGAAGGUUUGAGAAACCAGAAAGUAAAAAUAGAUGGGAUUCUCCUUUGUUCGAGCUACAGCCAUCCAAAGAUCAGAUAGAAAAAUCAUCGCCUGCCAUUGUGGAUGCUGUCUCAUACUUAACAAAAAAGGUAGACUCAAAAACUAGGGAUGUCAAAAUUUUGCAGCCUACAAUUGCUACGCAAAGUGGACGAACUUCUGAGGCAAAUUCCCUGUAUGAGAUGGACCGGGCAACACUAGAGAUAAUGAACGCCAUCGUAGCAGCACAAUCUCAGGCACUUGGAGGACCCCUUAAUGGAAUUACCAUUGGUCAGGGAUUACCUACCAUCAAUAUUCAAAGUGUAGUUGGAUUACCUGAAUUACGAAGACUUCGUAGAACAUUUAUAAAAUUGACAGGGCAAACUAGCUUAAGUGGUCGCCCCCCUCCUGCUGAUGCAGAAAGUGCAAAGAGGAUGUUUGUGGAUUAUUUAAACCGUGAACUGGGAACCUAGUAUACAACCAUACGUUGGAAACGAUCCUUCAUACCAGAGCUUCAUCUGCUGCACUCGUUAUGAAUCAGUUUACAUGGUGCUCCUGAGAAGCCAAAUAUAGGUAAAAGUCGACUGUACCCUGUUGUAACAUUGCUACAUUAUUUUGUUCCCUUGACAAUUUUGAUCAGCAUAUUUCUGUGAUCUCUAUGAAACGUAUUUAUUGCCAAAAUAGUACUGUAAUAUUUGUUAGUGAACGUUACAAAAACUCAAGUAUUAGGCAAUGUUUCUCAGCUUUACAGGAAUACACCGUACGUGCCAACGCUAUUUAU